GCUGCUGGCACCCGAGGCGCAGCCUCGCUCCUGCAAGCUCGCACAAGCGUAAGAAUUCAUUUCGGAACCUUGAAAAGACACUGCUUACUACCUGGGGUCCACGGAAGGAACAUAAGAAACAAAAGCCUCACAAGGAGCAAGAAGCGAAGGAGAACCAAGUGGGAAUGUGUGCGUCUCCGAAACUGCUUUGGAAAGCAAAAUAAGAUCGGCAACUUCGAUUUAAAUAUGCCAGAGCGCGAGGGAAUAUUAACUUUGGAAUAUUCACCCCGAUCACUGAAAUACAAGCUUACAAAGCUACUCGACUCCCCGCUGCCUCGGAAGGCAGUUCUUUGAUUGGCUUUAGUGACUGCAUUUUUAAGAAGUUUUUCUUCGGUUAGCCAAACCCUGGCGUCACGGAUCUUCUGGAGACUAGCAAAUGAGAAUGUCUUUCCAUUAAAGAGCCCUGUGGAAACUGCACAGCCACAAGUUUCAUGCGGCUUCUGGAGGUUUCGGAGAAAAGGGGAAUAUUUAGAAAGCCACCCAACAAGUCAGAGAAGUUUCACCCAGAUUGGUCCCAAUCUGAAUGCCAAAGGAGAUCUGAACUGACAAAAGGGCCGCGGCUUAGCACAUGGAAAGGACCUUUAACAUGGAUUUUUUACUUUGCAACAAGGAAUUGGCCCUUUGGAGAUUUACUUUGUAAGAUCUCAGUGAUGCUGUUUUAUACGAACAUGUAUGGAAGCAUUCUGUUCCUAACCUGUAUUAGCGUGGACCGAUUUCUAGCAAUCCUCUACCCUUUUAAGUCAAAGACGCUGAGGACCAAACGAAAUGCAAAGAUCGUCUGCGUCGCCGUUUGGUUCACUGUGCUGGGAGGAAGCGCUCCGGCGGUUUUUUUUCAAUCCACCCACUCUCGGGGUAACAAUACCUCAGAAGCUUGCUUUGAAAAUUUCCCAGAAGCCACAUGGAAGACGUAUCUCUCCAGGAUCGUUAUUUUCAUCGAAAUAGUGGGGUUUUUUAUCCCUCUAAUCCUAAACGUGACUUGUUCCAGUAUGGUGCUAAGAACUUUAAAUAAACCUGUUACAUUAAGCAGAAGCAAAGUAAGCAAAACGAAAGUUUUAAAAAUGAUUUUUGUACACUUAGUCAUAUUCUGUUUCUGCUUUGUGCCUUACAAUAUCAACCUUAUUUUAUAUUCUCUUAUGCGAACCCAAACGUUUGUGAAUUGCUCAGUAGUGGCUGCAGUCAGGAUCAUGUACCCAAUCACUCUCUGCAUUGCUGUUACAAACUGCUGUUUUGACCCUAUAAUUUACUACUUUACGUCGGACACAAUUCAGAAUUCAAUAAAAAUGAAAAACUGGUCUGUUAGAAGAAGUGACUCCAGAUUCUCAGAAGCUCACGGCUCAGAGAAUUUUAUUCAACACAACCUACAAACCUUAAAAAACAAGAUAUUUGACAGUGACUCUACAAUAUAAGCUGUUUGAAAGGAAACGACGGGAACUUCGCUGAAAUAGAACAUACUAGCUCCUUUAACUGUGAAAAGUGUUUUCUUGGACUGUUUUUCCACCUCCAAAAGAAGAUAAAAACAUAGACAUUUUGAAGUUUUGGGUAUAAAGAGAAAUGCAUUCCCUUCUUGUAUAUGUUCCAUUUUAUAUUUCUGAGCCAUUUAAAUUUGUACCUUCAUUAAAAAUAUCCCUAAGUUGUUUAAAAUGUAAA